CAGCUCUCUGGAUAACUUUCCUUGGAUGGGGCUGAGCUGCAGUUUCUGACGUAUGUUGUACUGUGGAGCUGUAACUGGUUCGUAACUGUGUUGAGUGACUGCCCCUCCUCACACAUACUGAGCUGAGUCUCCAACCCAGAAAGCAGCUUCAGUCUGACCCACACUCCAUCUUAGUACUUUGCUACUCUAUAAGAGAGAAGGGCUUACAGAAGCUCACCUCCAUGGGCAUAGGGGAUUAUGUUUGCAUCACAAUUGAUGGCGGUUCACCCUGGGGAUUCAGAUUGCAAGGUGGCAAAGAGCACAAGCAGCCUUUACAGGUUUCAAAGGUGCGGAAAAAAAGCAAAGCCUGCAAUUCUGGAUUGUGUGAAGGAGAUGAACUCAUUUCAAUCAACAGUAAGUCUUGUUCAGAAUUAACCCAUUCAGAAGCCAUGCAGCUGAUCGAUGGGGCCAGUGAUACCCUGCAAAUUCUCAUUAAAAGAUCCAUCAGUGAGAAAGCUGAUGAGCCACAGUAUACAGUAAAUGAAGAAACAAGAAGCAGAGAAACCGUAGAAACGACAUUACAAAUCACCGGAAGGAAAGCAUCAGCCAAGCAGAACCUUCCUUUUGAGCUUUACAUCUCUGAGUCUCAGGACGAGGCUUACUAUGGAGAGACCGAAAGUGACACAGAUGUUUCGGGGAAAAGAGAAGAGAAACAGAGCAGCUCAAGGUUGUUAUUGAAAGAACGUGACAGCUCUGGAGAAUUGCUAUUGCAAGGUACCUGCCGUACGGAGCAGAGAAGAAACCAGCACUCAGGCAUGGUGGAAUUCCAAGUGUCUAUUGCUCAAGGGAUGGAUGGUGGUCCAGAGACAGCUGCUGUCACUGUCACUGGUUUGGAUAAAAUCAAUUCUGCAACCAUGGACGAAAAUGUGCUGCAAAAAGAUAACAGGAAUAAUGAAUUAGCUGCAUCAGAGACAGAUGAAAAUGCAGCAGUCCAGAUAGCCUCUGCUACCAAGCUACUCCAGAGCAAGAUUGAUAAAAAGGUCAAGCUGGUUGAUAGUGAGGUUCAAAUGGAUUCCUAUCAGUCCAGGAUGGAUCUGUUUCUGGAUUCCUCUGACAGAGAAUACAGUGGAAAGGAGGCCUCCACGUCUGAAGUUGGCAGUGGCUGUGCUGACUCUCAGGCUGAAGAGGGAUGGUCAAAAACUGAUAGCACGCCUCCUUUCCCUAUUGGAAUUUCAUCAGAGGGAACAGAGCACGGGUCAGAAGGGACACACUCAGGAAAGGAUUUGGCAAGAACCCACAAACACCGUGCAAGGCAAGCCAAAAUUCGUCGGAGUGAAAGUCUGUCAGAAAAACAGGUUAAAGAAGCCAAGUCAAAGUGUAAAAGCAUUGCCUUGCUCUUGACGGCAACUCCAACACCCAGCUCCAAGGGGGCGUUAAUGUUUAAGAAGCGUCGCCAGAGAGCAAAGAAGUAUACUUUGGUGAGCUACGGGACUGGGGAGUUCGAUCCCGACGACGAUCAAGAGGACUCCAUAGAAUUCACUUUGAUACCAACCAGUGACUCUGAUCUUGACGAGGACUUUUGUGCCGAUGUCAACUCAGCCCAGGUUGUGACAUUUGAUUGGGACAUAGGCCUUGUGGAAGUUGAGAAGAAGGAGAAGAGUGAGAAGGAAAUGCAGAGGUUGCCAGAUACCAAGGGCAAAGGUGCCCUACUGUUUGCCAAGAGGAGGCAGAGGAUUGAUCAGUACACAGCCGAACAAGAAGAAAUGAAGAGAGCAGGGGCAUCUGAAGUUGCCUCCGCUCAAUGUAUAACAGCAGAAAAUUAUUACCAAACCAGUAAAAGCAGUUUUGACAAUUCAACAUUCACAAUUCAAAAUCAUACCUCAGAAAAUUAUGUUGAUGUGAGUAAGUUCCAUGGAAUUGAUAAUGUCAAAGGAGUCGGAGGAAGAUCCAAAAUGGUUCACCAGAAUGUGAAGGCCCCUGAAGACAACAGAGCAGGGGCGACAAACAGAACAGCUACUCCAUUCCCCGGUGUGUCGAAUCGAGCUGCAGCUCCUUUCUCUCCUACGAGAAGGGCAAUGAACUCCAUGUCAGAUUUACCUCCCCCACCCAGCUAUUCUUCCAUCAGCCAGCCACCAGCUGACAACAUCUACCAUGCUACCUCUCCUCCCUUGGUUACCAAUGCUCAACCCGCCAUUUGGGCUCCAACAGGAAUUGCUGGAGAGCAAAUAGCAUCAAGAGAUGAGCGGAUCUGCGUGCCUGCGAUAAGAACAGGAAUCCUACAAGACGCCAGAAAACGGAACACCGCUAAGCCAAUGUUCACUUUUAUUGACCGUCCUAAGGUAGCUCCAAAUCCAGAACUGCUUUCCAUGGUCAAAGGUAAGACAGACAGACGUAAAGGAAUAGAUCAGCCUGGUGGAGGUUUUGAGUCAGGACCUGAAGAAGAUUACCUUAGUUUAGGUGCAGAAGCAUCAAAUUUUUUACAGACCCCUGCUCUAAAGCAGAAGACACCUCCGCCAGUCGCACCAAAACCAACUGUUAAGAGCCCUCCCUCUGGGGCUAUCCCAAUGUUACCGCCGUUACCAUCUACAGAAGCAACCCAUGAUCAAGCUCCAGACAAACCUUCCGAAAGCACUAAUCAGACGGCAGUAAUGUUUCAUUCGGUUCAACCUGUUAAUACCUGCAACCAGCCCCAAGGUGUUACUAACCAGUUUACAUCUUCAGCAAGAUCCCGAUCAGUAGCAUCAGCACAUUCACAUGCUUCAAAAACACAUCUCACUACUCCCAUAGCAAAUUCUGCAGCAGCUGGUGGUAUGGGUCCAGCCUAUGAAAUGCCAGCUUUGAAAGGUAAAGGAGCACAGUUAUUUGCAAGAAGGCAGUCUCGAAUGGAGAAAUUCAUAGUAGACUCAUCAACGGUCAAGGCCAGACAAGCACGAGCAGCAUCCCCUACCCCUUCCUUGCCGGCAUCGUGGAAGUAUUCAUCUAAUAUAAGAGCACCUCCCCCUUUGGCUUACAAUCCUAUUCACUCUCCAUUUUAUCCUCCUGGUAUUUUGAAAGCACAAACACAAUCUGCAUCUUCAUCUAAGUCAAAUAAAGGUGCUAAGGGUAAACCUGCCAAAAAACCUCUCAAUGCUUUGGAUGUCAUGAAGCACCAGCCGUAUCAAAUUAGUGCAUCUUUGUUCACUUUUUCCUCCACUCCUGAUGCUAAAGCACCGCUAUCCACAAGCUUACCACCUCCUAUGCAAUCUGUAAAGCCUGAUCCUGUUCCACUUCAACCAGUUAAUGCUACAUAUCCUGUUUCUAAGAGUGUCUCAUCUGUGCCAACAGGACCGUCUGUCAACCAAGCUAAUACAGCAUCUGCUGAUGAAGAGUAUACCCAUUCUUCUGGGAGGAAUGUCUUUGUGCCUCCAGGUUAUACAUCAUAUGCAAAGCAAGAGUCCUCAGCUCUCUCAGUUGCAAUGGCACCGAGGCCCAAGUUUUCGGCAAGGAAAACUGGAGUUACAGCACAGAUGCAGGCACGUGAUUUCAGACCUAUCAAAGCACCAGAAAAGCUAUGUUCUGGAGCACAAGCAAUGCGAAAAUCAGCAACUAAUAUACCGGAUACAUCUUUUAAGAAACUGACCCCAUGGGAUGCUGCAUCACAGUCUGUGGUUGGUUCAGUGGAGGAGGCAUUUUCCAAGAGAAACAUCCAGUCAUCGAUAGCAAAGAAUAUUGUUUCAGCAGCACGUCGAAAAACAUUACCUGAGCCUCCAGAAGAAUGGAAAGCUCGAGUGGCAUAUGUCCCACCACUUCCAAGCAGUUACUCAUCUGUAACCACUUUCAAUGUUAGAAGACCCUCUAGCAUAACUUCCUCCCUGAAAUCUUCAUCCACUCCAGUGCCCAACAUUCAUGGCAGUUCAAUGUACCAACAACCAUUAAGUUACCAACAAUCUCUAACUGACUCUGACAUGUCCACUGGGGCAUACUCUGAUUAUGAAUCUUCAAGCAAGCAGGUAGCUGGUUCAAAUUAUAACCCCUAUCCCCGAGGCUGGAAAAAACAAAGAUGAAAUGGUUGACGGAUUUUUUCAUGAUGAAGAUUACAACAUGACUUGUAGUUACAGAAAGAAUAAACCCAAAAUUAAAAACAGAAUGAAAUGAGAAGUGAAAUAUUGUUAGACAAAAGAGCGGCAUUUUCCUUGUGGAUAUUAUUUUCAGUGUUGUGAUCAGUAGCAAAUGAAGUGUUUUAAUGCAUGCAUUUCAACUAGUUGCCCAGACACAUAUUGUUGCACAUUAUUCAUGAAUGAUCAUGUUGGAUGAUCAGCCAUGAUCAUAUUGAAUGGCAGUGCAGGCUCGAAGGGCCGAAUGGCCUACUCCUGCACCUAUUUUCUAUGUUCUAUGUUUCUAUGAAUGAAGAAUGUUGCACUAAACAAAAUGUAUCUGCAUAAGAAAUAGAGUAUGAGAUUAAGCUCUUAGUAUGAGAUCUAUGCACUGCAACAUUAACCAUGGUAUUAUCUUCAUUAAGAAAACCAACUGCCAUAGAUCCGACAGGGAAAUUAGGGGAACUGAAUAAGGCUGAAACAACCUUAACCUAUUCUAAGUAUGGAUGCCUUUUAAUUGUACAAUCCUCAGUUCACAUUGGAAAAUUCACAGCAUUAGGGAAUUAUAUAGGCACUAUAACGUAUACAUAGAUCUAGCUCUCUUGGUAAAGUCCUACAAUAGACCUGAAGGAUUACAAUUAUAUUAUAUGAUAUAGAAACCUACUGAAGUUAGUGGGUUAAGGACACAAAAGUUGGGAAAGUGUUUGUGGCUUGGAACACCAACUAACAAUUCUUAUUUAGAAUAGUUUGUCUACUAUUUCCAUCCCAGAUGAGGGGACCUCUAUCCAUUGCAACAUGAGAAAGGAAAUCAAGUGAGCUCUUGCCCUCUCAGAGAGAAGAUGAGAAGGUGUGAUGUGGUAAGAAAGCAAUGCUCACUAUUUUUUUAGUUCUUGGGAAAAGCGCAUAAUUAUACAGAUACAUCAUGGAUGUAGCAAUUUGUAAAUGAUAGCAGUUUCUGAGGACAUUUUUUAGAGAAUGAAUAAACAGAACACAUUGCCAAUUAGAUGGUAUAGAUACAUGAGAUUUAAUCCACUGGGCAAACAGAAAUGCUGAGUUUUUCUGGUUUAGAUAUAAAUCAUUCUUGGAAUCAUGUUAGUUAAAAUAAGAAACAAACUUAGCUUAUUAUGUUGGCCACAAGCUAUAAUGUAUGGUAUUGGCUAGAAAAAA